AUGCCGCCCGCCGCGCGCCUGCUGCUCGCCGCGCUGCUCUGCGCCGCGGCCGGCGCCGCUCGAGUUAACAAACAUAAACCAUGGAUUGAAACAACCUAUCAUGGCAUAAUUACAGAAAAUGACAACACAGUACUCUUGGAUCCUCCUUUAAUAGCUCUGGACAAAGAUGCACCGUUGCGUUUUGCAGAGAGUUUUGAGGUGACAGUCACCAAAGAAGGUGAGAUUUGUGGAUUUAAAAUUCAUGGGCAGAAUGUCCCCUUUGAAGCAGUGGUAGUGGAUAAAUCCACUGGGGAGGGAAUAAUCCGCUCUAAAGAAAAGCUUGACUGUGAACUGCAGAAGGACUACACGUUUACUAUCCAGGCCUAUGACUGUGGAAAGGGACCGGACGGAGCAAAUGCAAAGAAAUCCCACAAAGCAACAGUACACAUUCAGGUGAAUGAUGUUAAUGAAUAUGCUCCUGUGUUCAAAGAGAAGUCCUACAAGGCAACAGUUAUUGAGGGGAAGAGGUAUGACAACAUCCUGAAAGUGGAAGCAGUGGAUGCGGAUUGCUCACCUCAGUUCAGCCAGAUCUGCAGCUAUGAAAUUGUUACUCCAGAUGUUCCUUUUGCUAUUGAUAAAGACGGUUAUAUAAAAAACACAGAGAAGUUAAACUAUGGCAAAGAGCAUCAGUAUAAACUGACAGUUACUGCGUAUGACUGUGGGAAGAAGAGAGCUGCUGAGGAUGUUUUGGUUAAAAUUAGCAUUAAGCCUACGUGUAAGCCUGGCUGGCAAGGUUGGAGCAAAAGAAUAGAAUAUGAACCUGGUACUGGUUCUCUAGCUCUGUUCCCUGGUAUGCAUUUGGAGACCUGUGAUGAGCCAGUAACCUCCGUUGAAGCAACGGUGGAGCUAGAAACCAGCCAUAUUGGUAAAGGCUGUGACAGAGAUACCUACUCUGAGAAAUCCCUUCACAAACUCUGUGGUGCUUCUUCUGGAACAGCUGAGCUACUUCCUCCACCAAGCAGUGCUGCUAACUGGACAAUAGGACUUCCUACAGAUAAUGGGCAUGACAGCGACCAGGUCUUUGAAUUUAAUGGAACACAAGCUGUGAAGAUUCCAGAUGGUGUUGUCACAGUCAAUCUGAAAGAGCCCUUCAUGAUUUCAGUAUGGAUGCGGCAUGGGCCUGGAACCAAAGAGAAAGAGACAAUCCUGUGCAAUUCAGAUAAGACAGAUAUGAACCGGCACCACUAUGCUCUCUAUGUACACAACUGCCGACUUGUUUUCCUCUUUCGCCAAGAUCCUUCAGAGGGAAAAACAUAUAAACCUGCUGAAUUUCAUUGGAAACUAAACCAAGUGUGUGACAAAGAGUGGCAUCAUUACGUCCUCAAUGUUGAAUUUCCAGCAGUAACACUUUAUGUAGAUGGUGUUUCGUAUGAUCCUUUCCCAGUGACUGAAGAUUACCCACUUCACCCUUCAAAGAUAGAAACCCAGCUAGUAGUUGGAGCAUGCUGGCAAGACUAUACAGGAAAUGAAAAUGACAAUGAAACUGUGCCCGAGACCUCUGCAGGUGGUGAACUCCACAUGGCUCAGUUUUUCCGAGGCAAUCUGGCAGGCUUGAUGAUUCGUUCUGGUAAACUGGAAAACAAGAAGGUGAUAGAUUGCCUGUAUACUUGCAAGGAGGGACUGGAUUUACAGAUUGCUGAUGGUGUUGGCAAAGGCAUAAAGAUCCAUAUGAACCCCACUCAGUCAACGCUGACCUUAGAGGGAGAUGAUAUUGACAGAGUUGACAAGGCCAUGCAACACGUUUCCUAUUUGAAUUCUCGCCAAUUCCCAACACCUGGGAUCCGGAGACUUAAAAUCACCAGUGUUGUCAAAUGUUUCAAUGAGGAGGCAUGCAUCUCCAUUCCUUCCGUGGAGGGGUACGUAAUGGUCUUGCAGCCAGAGGAACCGAAAAUUAGUCUCAGUGGCAUCAACCACUUUGCCCGCUCUGCUUCAGAGUUCGAGAGCACGGAGGGCGUUUCCCUCUUCCCGGAGCUUCGCAUAAUAAGUACCAUUACACGGGAGGUGGAGCCAGAAGGAGAUGGAGAUGAAGAUCCUACAGUACAAGAGUCUUUGGUAUCUGAAGAGAUUAUGCAUAACUUGGAUACAUGUGAGGUGACAGUGCUAGGAGAGGAACUAAAUCAGGAACAAGAAAGCUUGGAGGUUGAUAUGACCCGCUUGCAGCAGAAGGGCAUUGAGAUGAGUACCUCCAACCUUGGCAUGAUCAUCACAGGGGUUGAUACUAUGGCCAACUAUGAGGAGGUUCUGCAUUUGAUACGCUACAGAAAUUGGCACACCGUUGCUCUCUUCGACAGAAAGUUCAAAUUAGUCUGUUCUGAACUCAACGGGCGCUAUGUCAGCAACGAAUUUAAAGUGGAGGUGAAUGUUAUCCACACAGCUAACCCAGUUGAACAUGCUAAUCACAUAGCUGCCCAGCCACAGUUUGUUCAUCCAGUGCAUCACACAUUUGUAGAUCUCUCUGGUCACAACUUGGCCAACCCUCAUCCAUUUUCAGUUGUUCCCAGUACAGCCACGGUGGUGAUUGUAGUUUGUGUCAGUUUCCUGGUUUUUAUGAUUAUUCUGGGAGUGUUCCGAAUCCGAGCCGCACAUCAGAGGACCAUGCGUGACCAGGACACUGGGAAGGAAAAUGAGAUGGACUGGGAUGACUCUGCGUUGACCAUCACUGUGAACCCUAUGGAGACUUAUGAGGAUCAACACAGCAGUGAAGAGGAGGAGGAGGAAGAGGAAGAAGAAAGUGAAGAGGGAGAAGAGGAUGAUAUCACCAGUGCAGAGUCUGAAAGCAGUGAGGAAGAGGAAGGAGAGCAGGAAGAGGACCAACAGAAUGUCAAUAGACAGCAACAGCUGGAGUGGGAUGACUCUACCCUCAGUUAUUGAUUGGAGCUGUUCCCUUUGUCUUUAUGUUUCUGCUCUAGAAGACUCCACUGUAAUCCACUCCAUUGUCCCCAAGGAUUCAUGGUGUACAAAAAAAAAAAAAAAAAAAAAGAAAGAAAGAAAAAAAAAAGUCAUUUUGGCCAGUAGAUUCAACCAACACACAUGCCAGUGUUUGUGUUGUAUUGGCUAGUUCCUGAUGCUGUUCCUAGAGUUGUAGUUAGCACCUCUUUUCCCGCAGCCAUGCCUCAGUGACUGGAUUUUUUUACGCUAUGUGAGGAAUCACCUUGCACUUUUUUCUUCAUGUCAUCUCAGCUAAGUGACUCUACAGAUCUGUAGCCAUUGCACAUGAAUUUCUGAACUGUCUUUUUUUGCUCAGUGAAACAACUUUGGCUUUGUUCAUUUUACUCUUUCUGAAAGAUGCAAAGAUUGCUUGUUGACAAAGGGUAAAGUUACUCAUUUCAGCCUGUUGAUUUUUUUAUUAUUAUUAUUUUCCCAAAUUAGUGCAUGUGUAAAGUGGCAGAAUGAGGUUAAUAUGUAGAAGAUUAACAGACUUUUUAAUAUUUUGUAAAUAUAUUGGAAUUAUGUAAUUAUGUCAUUUGUGGUAGUGAAAACAGGGAUUGGGGGUUAAAACAUGCUAAAGUAAAAAAAAUCACGAAGCAUGAAAUAAUAUGAGUCUCAUACUACUGCAGCAGGAGCAUGGGCACAGUUAUCUAGUGUAGAUGUUUCAAUAAUAGUGUCUUUGGCCUUGACUGCCAUGUUCACUCAUGCCCUGCUCCGAUUUUUUUUUUCUUCCCCUCCUUUAUUUUUGCAGAGGGAACGGACAAGCUUGAGAAACUGUAAAGGCUUUUAGGAACCUCUGUAGAGGUUCAACUGCCCUGCCUAAUACAGUUUGUUUUGACUUGGGGGUUUUAUUUUCCAGUUAAAUUUUGGUAUAAGGACUUUUUAAGUUAUUGGGAGAAAAACACUACUUGGAUGUUGGGCGGAUGAGGCUGCUCUUGCUGUGGGGUGUUGCCACAGCUCCUGUUAAGUACAGUGGGGCUGCCUGUAGUACAGGGCUGGUCUGUUCACGUUGCUGGCCGGUGGUUGUUCAGCUGGUUGUUACAGCGGUAACUGACGGUGGGAAGCCCGAGACCUGUGUACUGCACACCUUGGCCACCAGUCCACAUGGAUGGGUAUUUUGUUUUCUUGGCAUUUCGAUUAUUUUUUUUUAAUUUGGGAAUGAGGAGUAGAGGGAGGCUAGGGGCAAAGCUUAUAUCAUUCCUAAUGAAAACACUCCUGCUCAUUCCUGGUAGCUCCUUGUACAGUGACUUGGACUGUUGGUGUAUUAAGCCAUUGUUUACACUUAGUAAUUGUGUGUUCCUGCUGGUGAAACUACAGGAUAAACGAUCCAGCCAGACUGUUGAGAUUGUUGUUGCUGUUCCAAGUUACAGCUGAUCCUGGGUGUUUCUGAUCAACUUUCUAACUUGGACUCGCAAAGGACUUUUUAAAAAAGAAAUGGCAGAAAGGUACGAAAAGUAAGUUAUGACCCCCUGGUGAAGCUUUUUUGUAAGGCAGGUCUUACUGAUUUAACUUUAUUUGGCCUCAUGCAGAGCAUUAUGAAUAUCUGACUACUUCUGUUUUUUUAAUACUUGGAGGUGGAUUAAAGAGUAACUUCUUUUACGCGUGACAGGACCUAGGACUCGUUCGCUCCUCAGCACGGUAAGCAAAGCUCUAGUUUUCCCGUUGUGUGUAGCCCGCCCGGGUGCGAGGUGCCCAGGACGCUUCUCAGCAGGCCAGCGGCUGGCAGCGGUGCUCGUCGUGGAAACGCUGCCCUGGCUAAACCUGCAGACAGAGCGGCAAGAAGCCAGGUGGUGGGAGAAGAGGGUCAUCCUUCAAAGAGAUAAAAGGGGAAAUUGAUCCAAGUGUUUCCAAAAUUUUCAUUUGAUUUUCACAGCAGACCUAUUCUUACCUAGUGCACAUCUGGCUCCUGAUGUGUGUAAUGGGAUUGAGUGGUGGGUUUUAUCUGGGAUAAAACUUGACUCUGUGGAGUGCCUUUUACUAUAAUAGACGGAUCUGGAAGCAGGGGAGAAAACCCACACAACUAGCUUACUCUUUUUUUUUUUUUUUAAUGUAAAAUUUUAGAUUUCUAAAAUGGGGAAAUGGUUUUGACUACUUCUGUGGUAAUAUAACUGCUAGUUUUAAGUAAACUGGGGAACUUUUAACUUAUGUCUGACGAUUGUCCUGUGUUAAUGUGUAGAAGACUUAUCCCUCCGUAUACUG